UAAACAUUAUGAGUCAUUUCUGUUCCCUGUUCCCUAGUUUUCUCAGUUGUCUUUCACUCUGUCCUCGGAUGUUUUAAAGUCCCGCUUCUCGGAAUCGGUAGCAAACCUCGGCGGGCCGGCGUGGGAACAGGAAGUGAGCGCAGUCCCGAGGAAGGACAGCGGGCCCGAGCUGGAGGCUCUGAAAGCUAAAGCCAGCGGCGGUCUGCGGCAGGCGGCUCCCCGGAGUCGCCCGAGCGGGCAGCUGUGACCUGUUUCACGGACUUGGUGACAGGUUACGGCUCUCCUACGCCUCGAUAAGGAUGGAUUUCAACAGCUGCCUUUACUAUAUUGCUGAACAACUGGGAAGUGAAGAACUGGCUGCCCUCAAGUUCCUGUGCUUGGACCACAUCCCACAGAAGAAGCAGGAGUCCAUCAACGAUGUCCUGGUGCUAUUUGAGAGGCUGAAGGAGAAGGGGAUGUUGGAGGAAGGCAAUCUGUCUUUCCUGAAGGAGCUGCUUUUCCUCAUCAGUCGGUGGGACCUGCUGAGCAACACCUUAAACAGCAGCCGAGAGGAGAUGGUGAGGGAGCUGCAGGUUCCACACAAAGCCCAGGUUUCUGCCUACAGGGUCAUGCUCUUUAAGCUCUCAGAAGAAGUGAGUGAGUCGGAAUUGAGAUCUUUUAAGUUCUUGUUGAACACUGAUAUCCCCAAAUGUAAGCAAGAAAAUCGCUUGAGCCUGCUUGAUAUUUUCGUAGAAAUGGAAAAGAGGAUCAUCCUGGCGGAAAGUAACUUGGAACUCCUAAAAUCAAUCUGUGGCCAGGUCAACAGGAGCCUGCUGGGGAAGAUCGAGGAUUACGAAAGAUCAAGCUCAGAGAGAAGAAUGAGCCUUGAGGGAAGGGAAGAGUUGUCAGUUUCGGUUUUGGAUGAGGAGGUGUGCUUCAAAAUGCAGGAAAUGUGGGACUCGCCAAGAGAACAAGACAGUGAGUCACAGAUUUCAGACAAAGUUUACCAAAUGAAGAACAAACCUCGGGGAUACUGUCUGAUCUUCAACAAUAAUAAUUUCAGCAAGGCUCGGGAGGAGGUACCCAGACUCCACAAAAUGAAGGACAGAAAAGGAACAGACUACGAUAAAGAGGCUCUGAGAAAGACCUUUACGGAUCUUCAUUUUGAGGUCGUGUCUUACAAUGACUGCACAGCCAAUGAAAUCCACGAGGUUCUAAGAUACUACCAAACAAUAGACCACAAGAACAAAGACUGCUUCAUCUGCUGUGUCCUAUCCCAUGGAGACAAGGGCAUCAUCUACGGAACGGAUGGGAAGGAAGCCUGCAUCUAUGAGCUGACGUCUUAUUUCACUGGUUCAAAGUGCCCUUCCCUGGCUGGAAAACCCAAAAUCUUUUUUAUCCAGGCUUGUCAAGGAAAUAACUUCCAGAAAGCAGUGCCUGAUGAGACAGGCUUAGAACAGAAGCACAACACUUUAGAAGUGGAUUCAUCAUCUCACAAGAACUAUAUUCCGGAUGAAGCAGACUUUCUGCUGGGGAUGGCUACCGUGAAAAACUGUGUUUCCUACCGAGAUCCCAUGCAGGGAACCUGGUAUAUCCAGUCACUUUGCCAGAGCCUGAGGGAAAGAUGUCCUCAAGGUGACGAUAUUCUCAGCAUCCUGACUGGCGUGAACUAUGACGUGAGCACUAAAGACGACAGGAGGAACAAGGGGAAGCAGAUGCCACAGCCCACCUUCACACUACGGAAGAAACUCUUCUUCCCUCCUAACUGAUGUGUGCUCUCCACAGUUCACAUGGGUUAUCUGUGCACUUUUGUGUGGAGGACUGAGUCUAAUUUAUUUUUUUUAUGAUUUCUUUUGUUUUUGAGUUUACACUUAUAUCAUUUUUCCAUUUCCUCACUUUAAAUUCUAUGUAAUCUUCCAAUUUCAAAUACAUGACCUCUUUUAUCAUUGUUGUACACACACACACACACACACACACACACACACACACACACACUUCUAAAUAUAACCUAACCAGUUUGUAUACUGUCACUUGGGUGUAUGUUUUGUUUUGCUUUUAAAAAUGGAGUGGCCUCUGGUAGGCAAUCACACUCAAGGCAGGCCCCUCUCCCUAGAAUAGUUGGGCAACACAAAUUGGACUCCAUGGGUUCACCUUUAAUCCCAGCACUCUGGAGGCAGAGGCAGGAGGAUCUCUGAGUUCAAAGCCAGCUGCUCUCUACAGAGCAAGUUCUGAGAUAGCCACGGCUACACAGAGAAAGCUUGUCUUAAAAAAACAAAAAAGAAAACUUGAAGAUGUGUUAGUAAGAAAGCAAGACUGGAACAUGGAUCUGAGACAAGUUAACAGAGAAGGUGAAUGACUGGAGCAUGGACCUGAGACAAGUCAGCAGAGGAUGGGGGUGGGGGGUGGGGGUGAAUAUCAUUCACUGCAUGA